AUGGAUAAUCUUACCCAAUAUCAGGUCACUGAGGCCUAUCUGAUGUCAGGCCUUUCUUUUUUCUCCAUCUACCUUUUCGCCUUACUUAAGGGCAUCUAUUCAUGGUCGCGGAAGACGCCCCUACUCUGCUUCCAAGUGUGCGUUAUAGCAGGAUGGAGCAUGUUAGAAACAACGGCCUUGAUCCUAUUUUCUCUGGAGCAUAGCCAACCCGGCAAGCUUCCCGGGUUUCUUGCGGGAUCUACCCCGACCGUCUUGGAUGUCAUGUCCUUCUGGGGCGCCGCUAUAGUUCAGAUCAUGGCAAUCAUCUAUCCGUUUGCAGUCGGUAGCGGGAAAGAAUGGUGUCUCGAAUGCCUCUUCAUACUCGAAUGCCUUGAAGUAACGGUCAUUACUAUCUUUGUCAUGGUCCCGGAGACUCCGACUCCCCUCCAACUUGCCUACGUUGCACCAUUUACUUCCCAAGCUGCCACCAUUGGAUUCAUACUUUUCGCUUCCCGACGGGUACCAUCCGAGGGGACAUCGAAGCCAACCGCUGAUUAUUUGUCGAUUCUAAGUUUGCUUCUUAUCUUGGUCUCAGCAUUACUGCUGGGGCUCUCGCUUGCUGGAUACUACACAGCCUCGAUGCUCCCACAGUGGCUCCUCUACAUCAUGGGCUCGGUCCUGGGUUAUCGACCUCCAGAGGCCCAAUACCGGAGGCGUAAUCGAGAGGGUGAUAACUCGGAGCUCGAGAUGAAUCCAAGUCGCGAACUAAGCCUCAGCGACUCUGCCUAUAACAACCAAUCUUCAGCAAGCCUGGAUGGCGAUCGAGCGCUUCUCUCCGACCCAGCCCUGCCACCACCUGCAGUCAUGGCCUCAAGCAACAGACUCCACUUAUCUGAGAGCAGGUAA